AUGCCCCACAACUCUAGUGUUAUGUUGAACUCGGCAUCCACUAGAGCACCGGCACAGAGUUCCAAUACUCGUGAGCAAAGAUCACUGGCCCAUAACAUGUUGCGCCGGUCUUUGAUCACGACUAGAGCAGUCAUGGCAAAGUUACUGCCAUACUAUUUUAUGUAUUCUCUUGCGAUCAGAUAUAUCGAGGAGCAAAAAUCCUCUACCAGACGCGAGUUAGAUUUUCCCCCAUAUCCAUGGUGGGAGGAACCGCAGUGUAUUCUCGAUGCCGAUAGCUUUAUAUCUGACAUCGAAGAAUCAGUCAAGGACCAGCCUGAGACCGAUGGAUGGUUGCUGGAGCGAGGCGAACAAGAUUCUUUGUUAGACCCGCACGAGCAUGACGAUGUUGUCGUUGCGCAGCGAUUUAUAUCAGCUGUGGAAGACUGGCUUCACAGAGAAGUGAAAUACCCGGAUGAAGUGAGCCUAGUUGACGGAGAUAUGGACCCUUGA